AGCCAGUCCACACGGCGCGUUGCGUCAGCGUUGCGUCGACGCAGCGCUACCACUGCGUUGUUUUACAUACAAAUAACCAAGGUGUUCACACGGCGCGCUGCGUCGUCGCAACGCACACAUGACGGACAGCAGCCCCCGAGACGAAGCGGGAGGGGGUGUACUCGUGCGACGUCGGAGCGUCAGCGCUCAGUUGCUUGUGCGUUGACAGAGAGGAUACACGGAAGCUCAUUUCGUUUUACGUUUACGUUUUUGUAUUUAGUUUUAUUUGCAGGGUAAUUAGUUUUAUUUGCAGGGUAAAAUGAAUACCAUUGAAGAAAUUGACAUAGAUUACUUGAUUACAUUGAUACAGGAAAGGGAAAUUAUAUGGGACAAGUCAAACGUAGAUUUUAAAAAUAAAAAUUUAAAAACAAAAGCCUGGGAAGACAUAUCAAAAGUUUUAUUUCCUGAUUACGAGAAUUUCACAGCUGAACGAAAAAAUAAAGUUGGUAAUGAUUUAAUAAAAAAAUGGAGAAGUGUAAAAGAUAAUUACUUCAGAUAUUCAAAAAAAUUAAAAGAAGCAUCAAAAUCGGGCUCGGGCGCUACGAAACUGAAGAAGUAUCAUUUAUACAAUCAACUCCUUUUUUUGAGAAAAGUGGAACAAAAUGCCACCGAAUCUAGCUUAGACUCGCCUAGAGAAAUCAACAAUGAAUCUACGUCUACAAAUGAUGACAUUACCACAGACAACACUCCGCGCUAUGUUCCAGUCGCGCGCAAAAGGGCAAUGCAAAUGGAUGAGUUUGAAAGAGAAGGACUAAAACUUCUCAAGGAGCCGGAAAAUCGCCAUAUGUCCUUUUUCAGAGCUAUAUUGCCAUCUAUUCAAGAAUUUUCCGACCGAGAAACUCUCCGUUUCCAAAGUAAAGUUAUACAAAUUAUAGAUGAAAUGCGGUAUGGACAAACAUCAUCAUAUGUGAGUGGCCCAUCAACGUCUCACCAACCACCAUAUGGGUAUCAAACAGCAAAUUUUCAAAGUACAUACAUUUCUGAUUUUAAUAAUUCAAUUACAUCUCCAGAAACAUCUCAAGCAAGUGAAGAAACUGAAUACGAUUUUUCUAAUUUGUAAUUACUGGAUGAUAUCUCUCUUAAAUAAUGUCUAAAUUUAAAAUUAUGACAAUUGCUGAUUAUUUGUGAGUUGAUUACUCUCUUAAAUAAUGUCUAAAUUUAAAAUUAUGACAAUUGCUGAUUAUUUGUGAGUUGAUUACUAAUUAAACAAACCAAAAAAACUGUUAUAUUUUUAUUACUUAAAUAUAUUUAUAUAGUUACCUUAAAGUGAUUCCCAGCAUUUCUACUGGUGCCACUGGAUUCCUCAUAUUAGUAUAGUUUUUUCGUAUGUGUGGUUCUAAGGACUUCAAUAAACAUUCGAAGCUGGAUACACUCAUUCUAAAAAAAUUAUAAAACUUCUUUUCGUCUAAUAGCAACUCCCGAUAUUCUAAAAAAAAAAACUGUCCAUCACGAUUUCUUAAUGAAAUGAAAGGACUGAUCCAGUACCGUCUUGUGAUCUUGCGUCGAUUUCGGCGGUGACGUAGUAAUAGGAGCAAUGCUAGACGUCUUUUCCGAUCCAUGAUUUGCUAUAGACUGACUGCGAAUUUUUUUCAAAAUACUUGCCGCAACUGUGCGUCGCCGCUGCGCCGACGGAACGUUGACUGCGUCAUAGUAACGCUGCAGCGCCCGUGUGGCCGGCUAUGCGUCAAAAUAUUUGCGUUGCGACGACGCAACGCAACGCAACGCGCCGUGUGGACACG